GCCUGGCGAGGGAGCAGGAUGACCUUCUGGCAGGAGAAUUACGGUUUCGUUAAGGAGGUUUAUGACUUCCGGUGUUCCAAGUACCUAGAAUGGAUGGACAACAUCGAAGCCAUCAUCGGCAAGGUGAUGGCCAACACGCAAUACACCGCCAAGGAGUUUAAGAUCAUCAAGGACACGUUCACUUCUCUCUGCCGCGACCUGGACAAGGAGGGCACGAAGUCAUGGCUGGACAUGAUGCUGGAGAAGCUGUCGACGCACAGCAGCGAGAACGAGGAGAACCUGUCUGGGCGCGACAAGGCCAUGAAGGCGCAGGAGAAGAAGAAGCUCGAGGCCAUGAUUGAACGCCACAAGGGGCUCAUGGGUCCUACCAUGGAGGCACAGAGUAAGGUCGACCACUACUCCGAGUGCUAUGCCUUCGGCGACGACAUUCAUCCUGUCAUGAAGGUGCUGAACGAGCAGCGCCAUCUGUCCAUGAAGGAAAUCCACCCUCACAACAUGGACAUGUGUGAGGAGCAGAUCGACAAGCAGGAGAAGGUCCUCCGCACCAUCGAGAACCAGUCGCCCAUCUACAACGAGCUGAUGAAACGUGGAGCCAAGCUGAAGUCUAACCCCAACGCCCCGUCCUUCCUGGAGCGCGAGAUUGCCAAGCUGGAAGAGACGUGGAAGGACACCAACGAAAAGGCUCAGCAGCGUAUUGAAUUACUCAAUGGCACAUUCAAGGACUGGGAGGUGUACGAGCAGCAGCGCCAGGCCAUCAUGGCUCCUCUGGACACCCUGGAGGACCAGUUCAAGACCUACAAGAAGAUCUACGACCCCAAGAAGGGCUCGGACUGGCUGGAGAGGAAGAAGAAGAAGGCCGAGGAGAACAAGAAGGUCGCCCUCGAGAUCUACGAGGUGAUCAAGAAGUGCUUCGCCACCAUCAUCUCUCUCGCCGGCGAAGACAAGAGGGAGUUCAUGGAGAAGGAGAUCAUCGACAUCGACGAGAAGAAGCAGAUCGUCGACAAGGUGGACAAGGCGCUCACUGACCUCACCGAGUUCAACCAGAGGCUCCAUAAGAUGGUCAGCCAGCUGGCCGAACUCAGAGCCUGGAUGACUCCGGCUGGGGAGAAGCUCAACUUUAUCACCUCCUCCGUCGAUCUCUCGCCCGAAGACCGCGUCAAGGAAAUCUUUGACCUUCAGGGACAGGUUAACGAAAGGCUGCCAGUCUUGGAACCUUUAGAAGCGGAAGUCCACGCCCUUUUGGACGUUCCUGCUGUUGACGUUUCCAUCCAAGAAUCAUCACGAUACAACCACAAAAAAAAAAAAAAUCCCCACACAGCUUCCCUAACCCCUUUCCUCUCCCUCUUUUUCCCUCGUCGCCGCCUUCAGACCUUCGAAGUCGCCUGCCAGGAGAACAGGGCGAAGCUCGACGCGGCGGCCGAGUCGAGGUCCAACAUGGAGAAGUGCACGAAGGAGGACAACGAGGUCGAGACUCUCACCAACCGCUGGGACGUCGUGAAGAAGACGGCCGACGAGCGGGUUAAAAAGGUCCAAGAGCUCUGCGACACGUGGUCCGCCCUGACCAGCGUGACUGAGAAUCUGACGAAGACGAUCACGGACAUCCCCGGCUCGACGAUGCCAGAUGUCGCCACGCUCGAAAACAUCUUCAAGGAGUUCAAGGAAAUUAAUGACAAGAAGGUCAAGCUUCUGGCCGUUGUCUAAGAUGGAUUUCGACUCCUGUUGCGACCUUUUUUUUCUAAUUCUAAGGAAGGAUUAAUAAAGCGUGGCGGAUUUGUUAAGGGGUUAUGUAAAAAGAGAGAGAGAGAGAGAGAGAGAGAAGGAGAGAGACAUAAGAACGAACGCGUUUAUGUUUUUAAGUAUUAUGUAAGGACGUAUUUUAAGGGACAGGAUGGGGAGUCUUAGAAGGAGAGACGGAGAAAAGACGAAUGAAGAGAAGACAAGGAAACAUAAAAAAAAAAAAAAAAAAACAAAAAUAAACAGAAAUAAACGAAAAGAAAAACAUUCUCUCUUCCCCAUUCUGUGACGUCAGAGCGAACGGAAAAGACAAGAAAGAGACAGACGUGAAUAAAAACAAACUAAUAAAAAAAAUAUAAAACAAAAAAACAAAAAAUGAAGAGAGGUGAAGUCUCUCGCGAAGUCAGAGGUCUCAGUGGAACGUCGACUUAGAAAUAUUUCUCUUUACUUAUCUGUUAUCUAUCAGGCACUGAGGAAUGAUUGGCUUUGGUCCAUUUUCACUUUUUAGAUUUCUUAUUAAGUAAAGUCCUUAUUGUUAAGGGGGUUUGACAUUUUUAUUUUCGCAAAUAUAAAUAAUGUGUUACUUUAUUCUUAUCUAAUCAAAAGCGGAUAAGAAGAAAAAGUUUUAAUGAUUAUUGGAUCCCUGUACAUUUUAAACGAGUUUGAUGUGACUUCACAAAGAAAAUUACAAAAAAAAAGGGAAGCAACUCAUUUGGCAAAUAAAAUAAAAAAUAUUAUGUAUAUUAUAUUUCACGCUCGUAUUGAAUAAUAAAAAAAUAAAAAAAUGAAAAACAUUCUCCGUGUAAAGCCUUUACUUUACUCAGAAAACAAUCUAUUCUGUUGAACAUCAAAAGGGACCAGUUCCUGUAAAACCCCCUUCCAUUUAUUUUUUUUUCCUUUUUUCUCUUUUCUUAUUUUGAUUUCUAAAAUAGGUGAUAGUCGAAACUAAAUUACCGAUGCCACUUGAACGCUGACUAAACCUAACGAUGACCUACCAGUUUUAUUUGAAUGAAAGUUACUAUGACAAAGAAGGUGAUCAAGUCGACAGGAUAAUACCUUUUGCAAUUUUUAUUUUGCAAGUAGGAUGUAGGUUUAUAUGUAUAGAGAAUAGGAUUACUUUUGUAGACGUAGCGGCACUUUCCUGUAUUAUCCUGAAUAUCGAUUUAAUAAAGCACUUUCUUUCCCAAGAAAUGAAAUAA